UUUUAGGUAAGUACUCUUGGAGGUGCUGCAAUAAAGGAGGAGCUGAAAUGCCUAGGGAAGCAGCCAGCCAGGCACAGGAACACAAAACACCAGACCGGCAAGCACUAUGGAGUCUGCAGCUGCUAAAUUCUUGUUCCAGGCUACAAUGACUCAGAUCUGUCACUCUGCCAGAGAUAUCCAGCCACAGUCUCUCCAUCCAAGAGAGCAGCCAGAAAGCAACCCUACAUUAUGGAGACCCUGGAUUCUCACAGCAAGAGAUGCUGAACUGGGACAUCAAGGAAUGUCUGAACUGGACGGUGAUCAGAGAAAUUUUAGCUCAAAAGGAGCUUUGGGGUUUCAGCAUCCAGUGAGACUUUAUUUGCCCAAAUCUAAAUCCCAGAAGUUCCUACACAACAUUGGAAAGAAAGUUCUGGCCAGUUUUCCCGUGCAAGCCACAAUUCAUUUCUACAAUGACGACUCUGAUUCUGAAGAUGAUGAGGAAGGAAGUCAGCUUUAUAAUGAACAUAGUCAGCCUCUGAGGACCAUGUAAAUCAAGAGACAAAAAAUGGCCUCUAAUUUGUUUACUAGCAAAAAUCAUAUAAACCAAAAAACAGAUCUAAAGCUCAUGUGAGAAUCAUCUUGCUCUCAUGUGAAAAAUUGUGGGGAGAUGCAAAUGGCAACAAACAUGGAAGGGUUGUUUUCUUUUUGGGGGGCUUACAGGAACAAAAGUCCUUAGAGUAUUAGAAUUUAGAAUUUUAAGUUGCAGAGCUUUGUGUGGUCCCCAAACUCACUGUAGCUGGAGUAACAUCUGUAUUAAGACCAUUAAAGUCACUGUUACCAUUGCACUGUGCUCAGCACAGAUGCUAUUUUAUGUUGUGUUGGAAGAUGAAAAUAUAUGCCUGAUUAUGGGGAAAAUAUACAUGCCCCCAACACCUCUCUACAUUAAAUUUUUUUGGUGAGAUGUAUAAAAUUAGAAACUCAUAUCCAUUGUCCCACUAUAUCAUCUGGGAUUCUGCCUGUAAACUGCUACAAGUUCUGUUCCCUAAGUAAUCAGAAAAGAGCCCUGCCAUUAAUCAGGAAAAGGUGCCAAAGCAUGAAUAAUAAAAUAUCAUUUAACAGUGAAUUAAAGGGUGUAUUAGAGAAUUUUAAACAACAACAACAAAAAAUGCUGAGGUAUAGCUAUAGAAGGACCUUAGAUGCAUGAAAAAUGUGCAGAAGAGAACAUUUAAGAAGGGUCCAAACUGCUAAAUUCAAAUCCUAUUCUAAACUUUUCUAAAAUUUAGUGGGUUUGAAGAUGGAAUUUAGCAUAGCUUAUUACAAAUCAACUAUAAAGUUUGGAUUUAAAGUGGAACAUCCUCUAGUUUAUUUUGUGUUCAGAUGCAGGGUGACUAAGUUACUGCUUAGUCUUCCUAAUUGCUUUCAUAAGCCAUUUUAACAACAUUAUGCCAUGUUCACCUUUCUAGACAAAGCUUUUAAAAUCUGCUUCCUAUCACAGACUUUGACAUGUAGGCAGGGUUUUGAAAGGAUUCUUUAUUACACCCCUCCCCCACAAACUUCCAAAUUCAAAUCUCUCUUCCUAGUUGUUCUCUAGUUUCUCACUUGGAGUAUUGCUCUUUGUCUUAUAAAUAUUUUGUACAGUUUCUAGAUGUAUGAAAAUAAUUAACUGCUGUCUUAUUUUGAGUACAGCCAUGAUUCUGCAAAGAUUUAUGCAUGUGCUUAACUUUAUGUAUGUGAAUACUUCAGUUGAAAUCAGUAGGACUACUCUUGUCCCUAAAGUUAUGUGCUUGAAUAACUGCUUGCGAAUUAGGGUAUAAAACAUUCCAUUGCAUUAAAUUAGAUUUAUUGGAACAAUAUCAAUUUAAUUUUUUAAAUGUUUUCUCUCCUUUGUAAAAACUUCUAUACAGAUUAGAAAAUAAAAUUUCUCACUUUUCAUUUGAGAAACAUUAAUGUCCUCCUUUUCCCUAAAUUUCUAAUGGAAUUGAAAUGAGCAUUGCUAUUUAUUUCCUGCUUUGUGCUGCAGUCACAUCAUUACAAUGUAUCUCUGAGAUCAGGACAAGUCCAAUCCUGUAGUUCUUCAUUUAAGUACAGUACAUGUAUUGUCUUCUAUAGGUCAUUUUAUGUGAGUCAUGAUUGCUCACAUGAAUAAGGGAUUGUAGAAUCAGGGCCAAUGUUAGUUACCAGCUGCUGCAGUGGGUGGCAAAGGAACUAGGUUUUGUUUUCACAUCAUAGUUACUGCAUGAUAGUAAUGGUAACAAUGGGAUUUUUAAGGAAAAGAGCAUACUUGGAAUCAGGGAAUAUCCCCCACUGCAGAAUCCAACUGUUUUAAGGAUAGAUCUAAUCAAGAAGAGUUCAAAAUGUUUUGAGCAUGUACCAUUAACAUUUUUACAAACUAUUCAGUAAAUGUAGACACACUGAAAGAGUGCUGUAAAAGCCAUUUAAACUAAAAUCAAUUAACUAGUUAGCACACAAACUUUGCAUUCACACUUUUUAAUCUCGAACAAAGUAUACACAAAGAAGUCCUUUAAUGCUAGUAGUACCCAUUGCCUUUGCAACUUUCAACGAGCAGUAGCUGUUUCCAUUAUAAAACAUUUUCUGUGUUUUAUUCAUCCUAAACUGAAAUUUUACAUAUGAGUUUUGAGUCAGUAUGUAAAUAUUAUCCAAAAAAUAGCUAACAUUAUUUAAGCUCUUACUCAUACACUUUAAUCUAAUAUUAUUAAAGUUCCUUGAAGGAUAUGAACUACAGGAAAAAUACCGAGUUAACUAAAACCUUUCCAAUUUCACUCAUGCCAUUAUGUAUAGAGGGAUCUGAGCCCAUAUAGUGUAUGACAAUAUAUUAUCCAUUGACUUAAUAUAUUUUGGAAACAGCCCUUAAUAUUACACAAUACUAUACCUUAAUACAACUCUGACUAAAACACAAGACACAUGCACAUUUGAAAAAAAAAAAGACUAAAGCAAAAUUCAACAAUAUGUUCAUCAAAAGCAGUAUUUAACUUCCAAUAUAAAUUUUCUUGAUUUUUUGACUCAGACCCUUUGUCAUAUUAUGAGAAUACACUACCUCAUCAACAGCAAGAAAGAAAGCUAAGAAAAACACAAUAGGUACUUACCAGCUGAGAAAAAAAAAACAACCAGCAGCUACUAGUUACAAAAUUGCUCUCCUUGAGAGAUGGCUAGUUAGCUCUGCAAAAUUUUUAAAGGGCUACUAACAGAAAUGCAUGAAGGGGAAAAAAGGUUCCCAUAAAGGUCAACUGUGUACAGAUGAACAUUAGUAAGAAAUAAGUAAAUCACUAGACAAUGUGCUCCUGAAGAAAGAUGUAUUUGUAUUAUACAUAUCAAAUGUAUCUUUGUGUGUGUUUAUUUAAAAGGGGAAAUUAUAGCAUUUUAAAAUGAGUAAUAUUUGAUUUAGUGUGAAUUACAAUAUUGCAAUAUUACAUUACAGAAUUAGUUUUUUAAGCAAGCUAGGAUAAGAGGCAUAUCCAACAGAUAAGAUAAAUUGUAUGUAUUACAAUCCUUCUGGGAGGGAAAACUGUGACAAUAAAUUUGAUAUCCCUGCAUUUACAUGGAUUAUGGUAUAAGAAUUCCAUGUUCCAGCAUCAGUAAAACCAGGCUGGUUGGGGACGAGGUGAGAGAGCCACCAAAAGCCUUAUGGAUUGAGGGAAAGCAACAUUUCCUGUGGUGUAGGAAAAAAAGUUCCAAUCUUGCCUUUGCUAAGUGUGAUAUAUAUUUCUCUGCAUCUCAUCAACCUUGUUGUUGAGCAUGGCCAUGAACCCCAAACCUAGAGGGCAGACACAUAUAAGCUACCACUUUAUUUUUAUAUACGAGUUAAUGGGUUACACAAGAUCACUGCAGGCAUAAUCAGAACAGAACCCAGGACUUUAACAUGGUAGUCUCAAAUGUUAUGUCAGGUCUACACAUUUUCUUUUGACCUGAAAUGAAUUUCUUUCUGCAGGCACUUUUUAAACAUAAAAGCAAAUAACAUGAUGGGGUAGAUUCACAUCCCCACCAUUAAGCCAAGUAGUUAGGAUGCUUGCUUGGGAUGUGGAACACCUAGGUUAAAUUAUCUCCUCUGCCUUAUAUGGUACAAGGAUUUGAAUUUAAGUGUCUCACAGUACAGAGAGUGCCCUAAUCCAGUGGUUCUCAACCAGGGGUAUGCAUACCCCUGGGAGUAUGGAGAGGUCUUCCAGUGAUACAUCAACUCAUCUAGAUAGUUGCCUAGUUUUACAACAGGUUACAUGAAAAGCUCUA